GAGACACGGUCCAUCUGCAGUUUAUUUGCCGUCAGAAUCUACUGGAGGCUAUUGAAUGCUGUAAUAACGCACUGCUGCGGUCCGCAUUACCCCUGCAGAGGAAAAUUGAAUACGCAUCCCCGGCUGAAUAGGCAGCUGUGGCGAUCCAACAUGAUUGAAUCAAUAGAUACCCAGCGGGCCUUGCAGGCUGUGGAGAGGCUCCAGGCCAGGCUGAAGGAGCGGGGCGACGUGCCCACGGAGGAGAAGCUGAGCCUGCUGAAGUCCGUGCUCCAGAGCCCCCUCUUCCACCAGAUCCUCAGCCUGCAGAGGUCCGUCCAGCAGCUCAAAGAGCAGGGUAACGUGGCUCCGGCCUCUCUGGCUCUGGCCAGUGACCUUUGCCCUCUGCCUGUGAGCGAGUCCUAUGCUCUGGCCCUACAAAAUGGCGGCCGCCCCGCCCCGCCCGAGCCCUCGGCCUCUGCCCCGAUCAACGGCCGGCCGUCGCCUGAAGACUUGGAGCACGUCGUCCGAUCCAUGGCGCAGGGCCGGUACGUGACGCAGGUGGACCUGGUGAAGCCGGUCUCGGGGGACCUGGGCUUCAGCGUGGUGGGGCUGCGGAGCGAGAACCGGGGGGAGCUGGGAGUCUUUGUGCAGGAGAUCCAGCCGGGCAGCGUGGCUCACUGCGACGGGCGGCUGAAGGAGGCGGAUCAGAUCCUGGCGAUAAACGGGCAGCCCCUGGACCAGACGGUGACGCACGCCCAGGCCGUGGGCGCUCUGCAGAGGGCCGUGGAGACAGUGCAGCUCAUCGUGGCUCGAGGCCCGGUGCCCCAGCUGGCCAGCCCGGUGGUGUCCCGCACACCUUCUGCUGCGAGUACCCUCUCCGCACACUCCAACGUGGCCCACUGGCAGCACAUGGAGACUGUAGAGCUGGUGAAUGAUGGAACAGGACUGGGCUUUGGCAUCGUCGGGGGAAAGUCGACCGGCGUCAUUGUCAAAACCAUCCUUCCAGGAGGAAUAGCCGAUCAGGACGGGAGACUCCACAGUGGGGAUCACAUCCUGAAGAUCGGCGAGACGGAUCUAUACGGGAUGGGCAGUGAGCAGGUGGCCCAGGUUCUGCGGCAGUGUGGGAACAGGGUGAGGCUCGUCAUCACCAGGGGCGGCCUCGACGACAGCGCCUCCCACCCGGUCGCGCUGCCCACUGUCGCCGAGCAACAGGGCUAUGAAGAGGACGACGUCGACACUUUCGAUGUGGAGCUCACUAAAAACGCACAGGGGUUAGGCAUAACCAUCGCUGGUUACGUGGGAGACCGGAACUCAGACCCCUCUGGCAUAUUUGUGAAGAGCAUUACGAAAGACAGUGCUGUUGAGCAUGACGGUCGGGUCCAUGUUGGAGACCAGAUCAUUGCUGUGGAUGGGACCAACAUCCAGGGCUACACCAACCAGCAGGCAGUGGAGGUGCUGAGACACACGAGCCAGGUGGUUCACCUGAAGCUGGUGAGGAGGGGCUUCCACACGGAGGACACCCAGGCCCCGCUGGCCCCGGAGCUGGCAGAGCCAGAACCCCCCCUGACCCCCCCGCAGGACCUCACCGUGGACCGGCUCGACCUGGACACCGCACCCGAGAAUACGCCGUACCCGGCGCUUUGUGGAAACAGCAGUCAGAUCGCUGCUGAGGCUGACCAGCCAGACGUGAGGGAGGGAUCCAAGUUAACUGCAGCUGAAGAGCAGGAGCUGACGAGGAAGUGGCAGUCUGUCCUCGGCUCCAGUAAUGAAGUGAUCGUGGCACAGGUGGAGAAGUUCAGCGAGAGCAGUGGCCUCGGCAUCAGUCUGGAGGCUAACGGAGGGCACCACUACAUCCGCUCAGUUCUGCCCGAGGGCCCCGUCGGGCGCUGCGGAAAGCUCUUCAGCGGAGACGAGCUUCUGGAGGUGAACGGGAUCUCUCUGAUCGGCGAGAGUCAUAAGGAGGUGGUGAGCAUUCUGAAGGAGCUGCCCCUGUGUGUCCGCAUGACAUGCUGUCGUCCCGCCCCCCGUCUGAAGACCGACGGCGAUGUGGCCCCGCCCGCCCUGGAGGAGGCCCAAUCAGAGUCCGCCGAGAAGGGAGACCGCGACGGAUUCGUGGCUCCCGGCCAAUCGGACGAUGGCGUGAUAGCGAUGGCGGGAGACGAGACGCUGGGGUCCUGCCUCGCCAUGUGGGAGACGGAGAUACAGGACAUCGAUCUGGAGAAGGGGGACUCCGGCCUGGGCUUCAGCAUUCUGGAUUACCAGGACCCCGUGGAUCCCGCCAAAACGGUGAUCGUUAUCCGCUCGCUGGUCCCCGACGGCGUGGCGGAGCUGGAUGGCCGCCUGUUGCCGGGCGACCGGCUGAUGUUCGUGAACGACACGGACCUGGAGAACGCCAGCCUGGAGGACGCCGUGCAGGCCCUGAAAGGGGCGGCCAUGGGGACCGUCCGCAUCGGGGUGGCCAAGCCACUGCCUCUCAGUCCUUCUACAGGAGACCAGUCACAGUCCGCCCCCCGUCCUGUCCGGCAGUUUGACCAGGAGGACCCUGCAGACGGUGUCCUGUUCCACGCAGAGCUGGCACUGAUCGACUCGGUCGAGGGGGACCUGACGGACGACAGGACGUUUGACCUGCGUUUCUCGGGAGAGGAGGACGACACCUUCCACGCGUCCAUGCUCGCCCUGCACGGCAGCGCCUGCGGAGGUGACCUGGAGCUCCAGACGUCCGCCCGGGCCUCCGCCUCGGAGCGAACGGCUCCGGAGGACCUCUUUGCUGAGGCCGGUUUCCCAGAAGCCCCUGCGUGUGAAUUCCCCGACGAGGCAGAGCCCUUUUCCCCCGAAGACGAGGAGGAAGAAGACCCCAUGCUUUUCUCCGGGCCCUGGGGGUCCGCGAGCCCUCCCCUGCCGCUCGAGCACGGCUUCGACGUGACGGAGUCUGAGCCGCAGGUGGCGCCCCCUGGUGGUCUGACGGAGGAGCGCGAGUCGGACGAAACUUACGAGGCCUCCCCUGAGAUUCCCCCCCGCCUGGGGGGCAGCGACUCCCCAGGGCUGGGCCCGGAGGAGGGGCGCACCUCCCCCCCUCUCCUGGAUGGCUUUGAGGGGGUAAUCAGCCCCCCUCUCCUGGAAGGCUUUGAGCAGGAGGAAGAGUUAUGUGUGGAAUCCAGGCCCAUGCGGGGCGAAGAUAAACAACACAACGCCGCGGGAAGCACCUUCCAGAGGACAAUUACAGUCGUCAAGGGCAACUCCAGCCUCGGGAUGACGGUGAGCUCCAUAAAGGACGGCUCCGGGAUGCUGAUCCGCAGUAUCAUCCACGGGGGCUCCAUCAGCCGGGACGGGCGGCUGGCCGUGGGGGACUGCAUCCUGGCCGUCGACGGGGAGCGCACCGCCCACCUGACCAACACCCAGGCCCGCGCCCUGCUCCGCAGGCACUCCCUGAUCGGCCCGGACAUCAGAUCUUCUUGCGCGCCAGAAGACGAUCAGUGCCCGUUUUAUGUCAUUACGUACGUUCCAGCGGAAUACCUGGAGGAGUACAGACUCAGUAUGGAGCGGCCGACCGAGGACGUCUUCACCUCUGACGUACCCCCACCUCCGAGCAGAGAGAUCCCAGAGCUUCCUGAGCGGGAGGAUGGCGAGGGGGAGGAGAGUGAGCUCCAGAGCGCUGCUUACAACAACUGGAACCUGCCCAGGAAAGUGGAGCUGUACCGGGAGCCAGGGAAGUCUCUGGGCAUCAGCAUCGUCGGGGGGCGGGGCAUGGGCAGCCGCCUUAGCAACGGAGAGGUGAUGAGGGGCAUCUUCAUCAAGCACAUCCUGGAGGACAGCCCCGCGGGCCGCAACGGCACGCUGAAGACCGGGGACAGGAUCGUGGAGGUCGAUGGGGCGGAUCUACGGGACGCCAGUCACGAGCAGGCGGUGGAGGCCAUCCGGAGGGCGGGAAACCCCGUGCUGUUCCUGGUGCAGAGCCUCAUCCACAGGACCCGAAAACCGCCCCUGCCCUUCCUGCAGUUAAACCCUCUUCCUGGCUCCGCCCUGCACAUCACUAAUCAAACUGCAGCCUGCUCACUACUGCCCGCUCCUCUCCAGUCGUCGACCGCCGACUGCAUCGAGGAAAAGGAGGCUCCGAAAACCACAGCCAGCCACGUCAAGGGGGCUGAGAGUCACAGUAGACUUCUCCUCCGCCUCUCCCCAACUAACCCCUUUACUCCUACUCCGUUUAAGCCUCCAGCGAAGAGAGACGCUGGCCGGAUGUCCCCGGCGUUCCCGCCCCCGCUCACCCUCCCCACGGUCCCCCACGUGGGAGAGACGGACACGGACACGCUGACGGAGAUUCCCGACCGGCCGGCGUUCCCGAAGGAUGCGUCGGGGGAGGAGGACGAGUUGGGCUACAGCUGGAAGAAGGCGAUCCAGCGGUACGGCAGUCUCCCAGGGGAGCUCCACAUGAUCGAUCUGGAGAAGGGCCGGGCGGGCCUGGGGCUCAGCCUGGCGGGGAACAGGGAUCGCUCCCGGAUGAGUGUGUUCGUGGUGGGCAUCGACCCCCGGGGGGCCGCAGGGACAGACGGACGCAUCCUGGUGGGGGACGAGCUCCUGGAGAUAAACGGACAGAUCCUGUACGGCCGCAGCCACCAGAACGCCUCGUCCAUCAUCAAAGGCGCCCCGUCGAAGGUGAAGAUCAUCUUCAUCAGGAACACAGAGGCGUUGGACCAGAUGGCUGUUGGACCAGUGAAGGAGUACGGAGAAGCACUGGACUCACUGGGAGAGGACACAGGUGCUGCGGUUUCGCCCUCAGCGAUCGACGUGGACAUGUUCAAAUACGUGCAGCAUGUAACGCUGUCCAAGGACCAGGGGGGGCUGGGAAUCGCCAUCAGUGAGGAGGACACCAAGAGCGGGGUGCUGAUCAAGAGCCUGACUGAGUACGGAGCAGCAGGAAAGGAUGGCCGGAUCAAAGUCGGAGACAAAAUUCUGGCGGUGGACGAUGACCCGGUCAUUGGGCACCCUGUGGAGAAGGUGAUCAAUCUGCUGAAGAAGUCCCAGAGCACGGUGAGGCUGACCGUCUGCACGGACGAGACCCCGCCCCCCGCCUCCUCCUCCUCCAAUCCGGAGCGGAGGACUUCCGACGGACGCAUAACCGGCAUUCCCAGCGUCCCGCUGGUUUCCGUGGGAACCCCAGACGCGGAGCCAGUCAGAAGUCCCAGUAGGUCGUCAACCCCUGGCACUUUGACCUCCGACCCCGUGACCUGUCCCAUCAUCCCCGGCUGCGAGACCACCAUAGAGAUCUCUAAAGGACGCACCGGACUUGGCCUCAGCAUCGUGGGAGGAUGUGAUACGCUGCUGGGUGCCAUCAUCAUCCAUGAGGUGUAUGAGGAGGGGGCUGCCUCUAAAGACGGGCGACUGUGGGCGGGGGAUCAGAUCCUGGAGGUGAACGGUAUCGACCUGCGGGUGGCCACGCACGACGAGGCCAUCAACGUGCUGCGGCAGACCCCGCAGAAGGUGCGUCUGAGCGUGUACCGGGACGAGGCGCAGAAGGAGGAGGACGUGUGGGACGUGCUGUUCCUGCAGCUGCAGAGGAAGAGCGGGCAGGGCCUGGGGCUCAGCAUCGUGGGCAAGAGGAGCGACACGGGGGUGUUUGUCUCGGACAUCGUGAAAGGAGGCGUGGUGGAGACGGACGGCAGGUUGAUGCAGGGCGACCAGAUCCUCUCCGUCAACGGCCAGGACGUGCGCUUGGCCACCCAGGAGUCUGUGGCCGCUCUGCUGAAGUGUUGCCCUGGGCCCAUUACCCUGGAGGUGGGCAGGUUCAAGUCCGGGCCCUUCCAUUCUGAGAGAAGGCUGUCCCACAGCAGCCAGUUCAGCGAAACGGGCAGCUUCGGAUCCGCCCCCUACGGCCUCCCCGGGACAGGAAGCCUGUCAGAGGAAGUGGACAACCCCAGGAAGAGCCAUGAUUUGUCUGAAUAUCAGGAGAUCAGAACCGUCGAGUUUACGAAGGAGCCGGCGGACUCUCUGGGGAUCAGCAUCGCGGGCGGGCUGGGCAGCCCUCUGGGAGACGUGCCCAUCUUCAUCGCCAUGAUGCACCCCACCGGGCUGGCCGCGCAGACACACAGACUCAAAAUGGGAGACAGGAUCAUCUCCAUCUGCGGCACUCCUACAGAGAACAUGAGUCACACACAGGCUGUGUCCCUGCUGAAGAACGCCUCUGGGACCAUCGAGCUGCAGGUGGUGGCAGGCGGUGACCCCAGUGUGACAGGUCCACCCCAGGAGCAUGCAGCUGCCAGUCUCUCUCUCUCAGGACUGACGGCGAGCAGCAUCUUCCACGACGAGCUGGGGCCGCCGCAGUACAAGACGAUCGCCCUGGACAGAGGGCCCGACGGGCUGGGUUUCAGCAUCGUCGGGGGGUUCGGGAGCCCCCACGGAGACCUCCCCAUCUACGUGAAGACCGUGUUCGGCAAGGGGGCUGCCUCAGAAGACGGGCGUCUGAAGCGCGGGGAUCAGAUCAUGGCCGUCAACACGCAGAGCCUGGAGGGAGUCACUCAUGAGGAGGCGGUGGGCAUCCUCAAGAGGACCAAAGGAAGCGUCACACUCACUGUGCUGUCUUAAACACACACACACACGCACACACACACACACGCACACACACACACACUCUCUCUCACACACACACACACACACACACACACACACACGCUCACUGUGCUGUCUUAAACACACACACACACACACUCUCUCUCUCACACACACACACACACACUCUCUCUCACACACACACACACACACACACACUCUCUCACACACACGCACACACACACGCUCACUGUGCUGUCUUAAACACACACACACACACACACUCACACACACACACACACACACACACACGCUCACUGUGCUGUCUUAAACACACAGACACACGCACACAAACACACUCACUGUGCUGUCGUAAACACACACACUGUACUCUAAUAUACACACAGACUGUACCCUCAUAAACACACUCACUGUGCUGUCGUAAACACUUGCUGUGCUCUCAUAAACACACUCACUAUACUCUCAUACACACUGUACUAUGAGAAUACUUCCCAUUUACCCUCAUAAACACACUCACUAUACUCUCAUACACACUGUACUAUGAGAAUACUUCCCAUUUACCCUCAUAAACACACUCACUAUACUCUCAUACACACUGUACUAUGAGAAUACUUCCCAUUUACCCUCAUAAACACACUCACUAUACUCUCAUACACACACUGUGCUAUCAUAAACACUCACUGUACUUUUAUAUACACACUCACUGUACUGUCGUAAACACUCACUGUACUUUUAUAUACACACUCACUGUACUCUAAUAUACACACACACAGUGCUCUCAUAAACACACUCACUGUACUUUUAUAUACACACUCACUGUACUCUAAUAUAUACACACACAGUGCUCUCAUAAACACACUCACUGUACUGUCUGUACUGUACACACACUCACCUCAGGUCUCUCAUGCACACACAGACGUGUGCACACACACACACACAGACACACUCUGUUGUUUACUCCUAGCCAUGAACACUGUGAUUAACACUGCGCUAAUUUACAUUCCACUAAUUCCCCUGUUACUCAAAUCAUGGUCCUCGAGGGCUGAGAACUGCUGGUUUUCCAACCUCCCUUUACCUGGGAGUCAGGUGUGAAGACUCCACUCUGUUCAGUGAAUAUCCUGGUAGAAAAGAAAACCAGGGCUGGAUUAGGCUUUGAGGGUCAGAUUUGAGUAUCAAUGCGUUGAAGAUUUUAUCUGCUGUGUGCUGUAGACAGACCACUGAACACGUACAGUAAGAGCACCUGAAAGAGCUACUGAGGCCACUAGUCUGGGAUCAAAUGAUCUUCUGUCACUUUUCCUUUUUCGGACAAACUGUCUGAACGUUGUUUUGCUGAAGGGUAUCUAAGUUUAUAAGGAGGGCACAGAUACAAGUGUCUCCUGUUGAGAAACUGCUGUUUCAAUCAUUAUGGUUAUAUCAGGUUCAAACACGUAGUUGUAUUAUCCUUCAGACCUUUAAAACUUGAUUUCACCAGGAAGGCCUAUUUAGAUGAGGACGCUAUCUCUUCUGCCAGGAGAGAUGUGGUAAUACUGAUCAACCAUGUGAGCAAAGUUAGACAGAAUGAAAGGGUCCCCAGCCCUUUGUUGUGCGAGAUUAGAGCGAAAUGUUCCGCUGUUACCACGGGUACGGCCUUAGGGCUGACCAGCCGAUCAGACGAAACGAAGACGCGACAGUCGAGUCGCAGAUAAGACGCCGCAAUCAAUCUCCCGGACGACACGCAAGCGACAUCCGUCAGACUCGACGUGGGCUUGUCCCGUUGAGCGUGAAUACAGAGCGUAAAUCACUCAUGUACACCGCUGUGAAUGCGCCCAUUGUGUGUUAGUGGGGGCGGCCAUUUUGAAUCCGUUUUAUAAAAAGCUAAGAUGGUGACACAGAUCUGUUUUAUGUAAUGCCGAUAGUAUUGAUGGGAGAGGAAUGGGUGGGGGGGAAGAUGAAGUGUAAGAUGAAGAACUGUUUUUCAUAAACAUAAAUGUGUGCAGAUGAGAGAGGAUGGGAGAGGAAGUGAG